UGUAAAAGCAACGAAAUCUAAAUCAAACUCUUUCUGUAAUCUUUUGUCCAUUUCCUUUCUGUUAAAGUUACGCGGCACGUCGAUCGUCGAUACCACCUUAAUUUGCGUGUCCAAACACUCUCUACAGCCCCUGUUAUAAAGCUAUAUAAUCCCCAACAUCUCUCCCUUCCAAGAUAUCAAAAUGGCGAAACCAAGAACUUUGAUAUUCGUUGUGGUAUUGCUGUUCAUCAUUGCAUCUGUUAAGGCGUAUGAGGGUUUUGUGGGCGGAAAAACAGAGGUGAAGAACGUGAAGUCGAACAAAGAGGUUCAAGAUCUUGGGAGAUUUUCUGUGGAGGAAUUUAAUCGACAAGGCAUUAAUGGUUUUGGAGAUCUGGUGUUCUCAGAGGUGAUCGAGGCUCAAAAGCAGGUGGUUUCUGGCUUCAAGUAUUAUCUGAAGAUUGAGGCCACCACGCGUAAAGGGGACACAAAGGUAUUUGAUUCGGUUGUGGUCAUAAAGCCGUGGCUUCACUCCAAGGAGUUGUUAAACUUUGCCCCUUCUAAGUGAUUGAUUCGAUGCUGGGGGUUGUAGUUCGUGACGGUUAAUUUAUGCAUGUAGGCAUGGUUAUGUAAUAUUCAUGAAUAAUUUCUAAAAUAAUUAAGGCAACACUUAAGAUUAA